UUCACUCCUUUUAAUCGCAACCUUGAUCACUCUCAGAAAGAUGCCAUCUCAAAGGCGCUUUCAUCCAAGAACGUAUUUUUGCUGCAUGGGCCUCCUGGAACUGGGAAGACAACUACUGUUGUUGAGAUUAUUUUGCAGGAAGCGAAACGUGGUUCAAAGAUCCUUGCUUGUGCUGCUUCAAAUAUUGCUGUUGAUAACAUUGUUGAGAGACUUGUUCCACACAGAGUGAAGUUGGUGAGAUUGGGACAUCCGGCACGUAUGCUCCCACAAGUAUUGGAUAGCGCUCUUGAUGCCCAGGUUCUCCGUGGUGAUAAUAGUGCUCUUGCAAAUGACAUCCGCAAGGAGAUGAAGACAUUGAAUGGAAAGUUAUUAAAAGCUAAAGAUAGAAAUGCAAAGAGGGAUAUCAGGAGGGAGCUCAAGUCUCUUUCCAAAGAAGAGCGUAAAAGGCAGCAGCUAGCAGUAACAGAUGUUCUUAAGAAUGCAGAUGUAGUCCUGACAACAUUGACUGGGGCAUUGUCAAAGAAGUUGGACGGCAUGUCAUUUGAUUUGGUUAUUAUUGAUGAAGCUGCUCAGGCAUUGGAAAUAGCAUGCUGGAUUGCUUUAUUGAAGGGAUCAAGGUGUAUAUUGGCUGGAGAUCAUCUCCAGCUUCCGCCAACCAUUCAAAGUGUAGAAGCUGAGAAGAAAGGACUGGGAAAGACACUUUUUGAACGUUUAGCAGAUUUGUACGGAGAUGAAAUCACAUCUAUGCUCACUGUUCAGUACCGCAUGCAUAAACUGAUUAUGAACUGGUCAUCUGGAGAGCUGUAUGAUAAUAAGAUUGAAGCCCAUUCAAGUGUUGCCAGUCAUAUGUUAUAUCACCUUGAGGAUGUGAAGAAAACACCUUCCACAGAAUCAACCCUUCUGCUCAUAGACAUAGCUGGGUGUGACAUGGAAGAAAAAAAGGAUGAGGAAGAUAGCACAUUGAAUGAAGGUGAAGCUGAGGUUGCCAUUGCCCAUGCAAAGAGACUAGUCGAAAGCGGAGUCCGAGCUUCUGAUAUUGGACUAAUCACUCCUUAUGCAGCACAGGUCGUUUUCUUGAAAAAGCUCAAAAGCAAUGAAGAAAAAUUAAAAGAAAUGGAGAUCUCGACUGUUGAUGGUUUCCAGGGUCGAGAAAAAGAAGCCAUUAUCAUUUCUAUGGUCCGAUCAAACUCAAAGAAAGAGGUGGGAUUUCUUAGUGACAGAAGGAGAAUGAAUGUUGCUGUGACACGAGCAAGGAGACAGUGCUGUCUUGUAUGUGAUACUGAGACAGUCAGUGGUGAUAAAUUCUUGAAGAGGUUGAUUGAGUACUUUGAGGAGCAUGGUGAAUAUUUGAGUGCUUCGGAGUAUGGAAAUGAAUAGUGUUCUGUAGUUAGAAUCAUUAUUAUUAGUUGCCUCUUUUCAGUGCUGCAAACAGUCAAAAGAGAGCUCCAGAAACCUUGCUGCUUAUAAUUUGUAGUUGUAGGUUAUAAUCCGGGAGCAGGCAAUGGGACAUGAAAUGUCUAAAUCACCUUUCUUGUAUGCUCUGUUGGCUAUGUAGGUUGAAUGCAGUAUCAUGGUUGAAAUCUCAUUUUUUAUGUGAGUCAAAUAUUGACUUGAUAUUGUACAUUCACUGAUAUAACUUUAUUGUCGGAGAAAAGUGAUGAGCAGUUUUGAGUGUUA